AUGCAAGCUUGUAAACGGAAAUACAUUCAUCUCUACGAUGGGUCAACCCACGCCAUCGUCCUGUUGCUGACAAGCUGCUUCGUCUUCGGUCUAGCAGCUGCGGCGGACAUGUUGCAGGGAGUCGACGUUCCGAGAUUUUCGUACGCAGGAUCGCGCGUGAACGUGUCGUGCUCAUACGACCUGACCAGCACGGGUCUGUACUCCCUCAAAUGGUAUCAUAACGACCAGGAGUUCUACAGGCACGUGCCUACUGAGAGGAACAGACCUGUCGUCAUCAAACCCAGCCUCAAGUUCAACGUCCAUGAAGUGUCACGCUCCGACCAGCAAGUGACGCUGGAGCUCACGAGCCUCACGUCAGAAGCGUCCGGGGAAUACAAGUGCGAGGUCAUCGCUGAGCAUCCUUCGUUCCGCACCGAGACACGGGCUGCUAAUAUGACUGUCAUGGCUGAGAGGCCGCAGCCCCCCGCCAUCACAGGGGGGCAGGAGAGCUACGAGGCUGGGGAACUGGUCCAGCUCCUCUGCACCCCCCAGUACCUCAGCCCCGCCGCCCUCCACACCCAACCCCAGCCUACCAUCACGUGGUAUAUAGCCGGCCAUCCCGCGCCACCAGAGCACGUCAUACCUCACAGGGGGCGAGCGCGGGAGCCACCCGGCUUGACACUCAGCGUGCGCGCUGACAAGGUGUCGCGGCUGACAGGAGGCGGUGAGGUGGAGUUCCAGUGUCUGCUGACGCUGGCUGACAGCAAGAUACGGUCUAGCAGCUCCAUGAAGACGACACUGCAGCGCAGUUCUUAUCUUUACAACUACUUCAGUGCAGAAUAUGAUGAAGGCUUGUCUGAGCGUCGUCACGACAGAAACAAAAUCAAGCUCGAUCUGUCCAACGAUUAA